CAAAGUUGAUACCGCGUUAAAAUCGCGGGCGUAAUUUGACUUGAAAAUCAAGCGCGAGGAUGAGUGUAGAUCAAGGAAGUUUGGCAAAAGUUGUGAAGGGUUUACAUAGAAAGCUAAAGAAAGACUUGAAAGAAAAUGGGGACUUCGCCACAGUGUGGGAUAAGCACUGCUCUGAUCGUAAAGCCCUUGAAAAGUACGCAGAAGCUAUGCAUUCAUUGGCAACUCUGGAGUGGACAAAAAACUCCCCUGGGGGGAGGGCAGAUUGGUGUUAUCAAGUCUGUAUGGAAUAUUUCAAGGGAGGAGGUCUAAAGAUGGCAAUAGAAAAGCAGCAGCGUAGAGUAGGCAACAAAAUGGCAUCAGCGUGCUGUUGUUGCUGCAUGCAGUCUGGUUAUCAAUACAUGCAUAAUUGGCCAUCAGUCGAUAAAAAGUUCCCUCUUUUAGAUGUAGGCAGCUGUUAUAAUCCAUUCUCUGAGUUUGGAGAAUUCCACUCUGUGGCCCUCGACUUGCAGCCUGCCACAGAGAAAGUUUACAAAUGUGACUUCUUGAAGCUUGAAAUAGUGGAAAAUCAAGUAGCAUCUGGAUUAGCCGCAAGUAACAGCAAAACAUCUAAUGAUACAGGAGGGAGUAAAGAUUCUAUGAUGUCCUCACAAGAGAAUUGCCAGUGUCUGGCAAGCAAUUUGAUAACAUCAAAACUCAACCUUCCAAGUGAUUCUUCUAUUACACAUUUGCCAGCAAGUUCAUUCCAAGUUGUAGUUUUUUCUCUACUUCUCUCCUACUUUCCAACUCCAAUACAAAGAUGGGACUGUUGCCUAAAAGCACAUCAACUUCUUUCUGUAAAUGGCAUACUUAUAAUCAUCACACCAGACUCGUCACAUCAAAACAGAAAUGCUGCAAUGAUGAAAUCAUGGAAACUGGGAAUAGAGUCCCUUGGGUUCAUCAGAUGGAAAUAUGUCAAACAAACUCAUGUCCACUGUAUGGUGUUUAGAAAAGUUUCUCCGUGUCAUACAAAGGAUAAAACAACAAAGGUGCUACAUGUACCUGAGAUGCUGUAUACCCGCCAGGAUUAUACUGGCAAUGAUAGUGAUGAUAGUGACAGUGAUAGGGUAAAGAACAAUGAGACAAGACCUGAGGAGACAGAUAAGGAGCUGGCCAAACUUUUCGACGAGCUCCCUGCAUUUGACUAGAUAAUUAAGUUUUUUAGGUGAAAAAUAUGUUAUUCAUUUAUUCGAUACACCAAAAACUGGAAUUUCGAUUCUUCCAAAUUUUCGUCUUUAAUAAGUCUUCUUCAGGGCAGACUGAAGAAGGUGAAUUCCAGUUUUUGGAGUAUCGUAUUCAUU